UCAGUGGAUGAAAUCCUGGAAAUGCAGAGCCAUCAUACAGACCUUCUGGAGCUGCUGGGUCACAGAUUGGAUCUUUAGGACUGAAAAGCUUUUCUGAGAAAGAAACCAAAGGUGGAUUUGAACUGAAACCUGAAAUCAUAUCUGGAGGAAGACCAAGAUCAGCUGAUUCCAGCAAACAUGGAUGGAAGACCCACCUGUGACCAGUGUGGGAAGACUUUCACCACAGCAGGUCACUUAAAAGUCCACCAACGCAUCCACACUGGAGAAAGACCAUAUAACUGUGACCAGUGUGAGAAGAGUUUUAUCUCAGCAACUGUCUUAAAAGAACACCAGCGCAUCCACACUGGAGAAAGACCAUAUGACUGUGACCAGUGUGGGAAGACGUUCACCACAGCAGGUCAUUUAAAAAUCCACCAACGCAUCCACACUGGAGAACGACCAUAUUACUGUGGCCAGUGUGAGAAGACUUUCACCACAGCAGGUCACUUAAAAAUCCACCAACGCAUCCACACUGGAGAAAGACCAUAUGACUGUGACCAGUGUGAGAAGAGUUUUAUCACAGCAAGUGUCUUUAAAUAUCACCAACGCAUCCACACUGGAGAAAGACCAUAUGACUGUGACCAGUGUGGGAAGACUUUCACCACAGCAGGUCAGUUAAAAAUCCACCAACGCAUCCACACUGGAGAAAGACCAUAUAACUGUGAACAGUGUGAGAAGACUUUUACCAUUGCAGGUAAUUUAAAAAAGCACCAGCGCAGCCACACUGGAGAAAGACCAUAUAACUGUGACCAGUGUGGGAAGACUUUCACCACAGCAGGUCACUUAAAAAUCCACCAACGCAUCCACACUGGAGAAAGACCAUAUGACUGUGACCAGUGUGGGAAGACUUUCAUCACAAUGAGUGGGCUGAAGGAACACUUACGCAUUCACACUGGAGAAAAACCAUAUGACUGUGACCAGUGUGGGAAGACUUUCACCACAGCAAGUGACUUAAAAACACACCAACGCAUUCACUCUGGAGAAAGACCAUAUGACUGUGACCAGUGUGGGAAGACUUUCAGAUCCUCUUCCGCUUUACGUUCUCACCACCGUGUUCACCACAAGAAUUUGAUGUACUCCUGUGAUAAGUGUGCAAAGAUAUUCCGGUCCUAUUCCUCUUACAGGUGUCACCAACAGACCCAUAUUGGAUCCCAAUCAGCGUAGAUUUGGUGAAAGAUGUCUUCUCACAGGUUCACAAUGUACCAAACAUGAACGUGUCAAACAUUUCCACAAAAGACAAAAACUGAACAGUUUUACAAAAAUAAGAUUGUUGACAAUCAAUGUCAUAAAACACCAAAACAGUUGGAGUGUUAUCAAUGUCCAAACAGAUCCUCGUCAUCCUCUGCUCUCUCCAGUCAUCAGCGCAGAUGUAAAUCAUCAGUGUCUGGACCAAACAGUACCUCAGCAUCAGAUGAGAAGAAGAAAACCAGUUUGUCUGAACCAGUAGCACUGACUUCUUCUGAAAAGAACAUCAGACUUCAAAACCUCCAGAUCAGGCUUCACAGGAUCCAGAUGUGAAGACAAACACCAGACUGAAAGCCGUGUUUUGUUGUCUUCAGAGUACAGAAGUGUGUUCUAAUGCACCACUCUGUAGCAGGAAGCAGGAGGUGCCAUCACUGGUAAGGCGGGGGAAGGGAAGGGUAGAAAUCAGACCCACCUGAGAGCUGUGUGGUGGAGGGAAACUCAAACAAAGGGGAGACUGGAAGGAGGUCUGAUCAACAGAAGUGACAAC